AGCCCUGGGCGUCCUGAGCUGCCCAGCGAGGCCCGUCUCUUGUCAAGAAUUUUACCAUUAUUAUUUUAAACUCAUAAUUUCCCCUGGCCCGCAAAGCGUCCUUUUGCUUGCUGAAAAGGGGAAAUUAGAGGAGGGUAGAAAAGAUCCCGCCUUCAAAGAGAAGAUGGAGGAAGGCGCCCAGAGCCUAGAUUCGGAUAGUGAUGAAACUGUGAUUGAGGGGUCGGUGACAGAGAGCGACUUUGAAGACGACGAGCUGCCCUGGAGAAGGUUAUUCUUUGAUCAAGACAAAUCUCUUAGAUCUGAGUUCAGUGUUCAUCCUGGUAUAAGUGGACUGUGCCAAGGCAUUCCUUCUCCUGAGAUUCAACUUGGGCACAAACUCAGUGAGGGUCUGCAAGAGCCAAUGAAUGAAAAUAAGAUGAUGACUGUUCUUAGUGCGGAUACAGUAUUACAGCAACCUCAAGAUGAAACAGCACAAAAUCAAGCUGUGUCACAGACUAGAAAAAAUUUUCCAAUGUUCACUGUGUCAUGUCCCCAGCCUAUACUUUCAUUGAAUCAUCAAAACAUUGAAGAGCCUGAAGCUGAAAAUACUGAAGUUCUGUCACAUCUAGAAGAGGAACUAAGUGAAAACAGAGAUUCCCCUGAAAUUAGCCUUCUUGCAGGUACUGCUAUUACAGUAUCUGGUAUGCUUGCUGUAAAGGAGAAAUCAUUAACAGAGCAAGAGAAGAUCUUAGCAGUACCACAUGCAUUUUCUGAACCUGGGAAGGAAGUUUCAAUGACUAUGACUUCUAAAGAAGCCAAGGAUGAAGAAAGCUCCCUUGAAACUUUUGUAUCUGCCUUAGAAAGGUUGCUAACAUCACCAGACAGCACCCAGGAGGAAAGACUGUUAGAAAUAAUGAAUGAUUUUGAUCCCGGAGAAUUGAUUAACUCCCCAAGUUCCAUAGAAAUACCUUUGAAUGCUUCAUCAGCUUAUAGCAGAGAUUUGCUAGAAAACACAAAGGAUGAUACAUUACCUGCAGAGUUAUUGGCAGCCCUGAACACAUUGUCAGAAACCAAGCUGGGACCCAUCUGUCACAGAAUAGAGGAAGGCAGCAAUCUUAGUGAUGAAAAUGGAUGUUUAGAAGUAGAGCCUGUUAUGUCCCAAACUGAUGAAGAUUGUACACAAAUAGCAGAGACUGUCGAAGACCUAAGUUCAUUUGAGUUACCAACUUUGCCUCAUCAAAAUGUCCCCUCUUGUGAGCCACUAAAUAAUAAAGGGAAUUCAAAUUCUAUGGAAAAUGCCUCUGACCAGGAAACUCCAUGUAUAUUAAGAAGAUCAUCUAGACUAGAAAAACUGAAAGUAAGCCGAGAUGCAAAUGGUACAAAUGACAUAUGUAAGAUUACAGAAGAGAUUUUACCAAAAAUACCUAGCUGUGAGGAUCAAAUAAAUAAUAAAUCUUCAACUAACAAUUUCAGAAUGCAAGAUCCUGUUUUAAUGAUUGAAGGUAAAGGGAAGAGUAUCCAUUCAUCCAGACUCAAGAGUAAACAGAUCAGGAAAAAUAAACGACUUUCAAUAAAAAAUGAAAAAAUGAAGAUGAAUAAACUACGUCUUUCUGACAUAAACCGGAAAAACGUUUUUGGAGAGAACUUAUUGUAUAAGGCUGCUCUGCACAAUGAUGCUGAUCUCAUACAUCUUUGUAUUAAAAAAGGUGCAAAUGUUAAUCAGCCAAGUUAUGCUGGUUGGACAGCACUUCAUGAAGCUAGUUUAAGAGGAUUUCAUCGCACAGCAAGUGAACUAUUAAAAAGUGGAGCAGAUGUAAAUAUCAAAGGAAUGAACCAGAUCACUCCUCUACAUGAUGCUGUGAUAAAUGGACAUUAUAAGGUGGCAGAGUUACUUCUUUUAAAUGGAGCUGAUCCAUUAUUUAGAGGUACCAAUGGAAAGUGUGCUUUAGAAGAAGCCAAAGAUUCUUGUAUGAAGCGUCUCCUUGAAAGACAUGUUCCUAAACAUCAAAGAUUUCUUAUAUCAGCACGAAGGAAUAGCACUGACCCAGCAGAUUUGGACAAUGUACAACAGCACAAGAAACCAAAAUUCAGUUCUGAAAAUCACAUUGGGUUUGUUUGUAAUGAAAAUUCUGACAAACAAAAACCAGAACAUGUAGAAGUCAAUAAAAGAAGCAAAGAGAAUUUAUUUUUAAAUGAAAAACAUAUAUAUGAACAUUACCAAAAAGAUACCAAACCCACAAAAUUUGGUAAUUCCAGGCGUAAAAAAUCAACUGUUGACCAAAUACACUCUACAGGACGCAGUAAGGUCAGUCUCCAUAAAGACAAAGGAAUCAGCACAAAUGUGUCCAAGGGUAAAAGAAGAAGAAACACAAUACAUAAAAGGACUCAUGUGGAUGAUGGAGACUGCCAUUCAGGACAGACAAUAGCUGUCUCUUCUUCCAGGAGAAUAAACAGAGUGGCUAUUCCUCAGCAGCAUAUUCUCCAAACCCCUAAUGAUCUUCCAGAAGAAUCAUGUGAACCUUCCAGUCCUACUCUGUCAAGCCUGAAAAAUGCAUUAGAUAAUAAUAUCGAGACUUACUCCAUGUCCAAAGAAAUACAUACCCCCAGUCUGGAUUUGUCAAAUAGUCCAGAAAUGCAUUUCUUGGAGUUACAAUCCACUGGCCAACCUGAAACUAUUUCUUUCUCAGGACUUAGAGUAUGUAAAGAAAUCAAGUUACCACUUAUUACUGAAGAUCAGCAGCUUCAUGCUCACCAAGAACAACACUGUAGCCCUUAUAAAUUUCAUGAAUAUAUUAACUCAAAUAAAAAAAAAGAGCGCUUUAAUAAAUGGGAAAAUUCUUUCCUAACCUUUAUAAAGGAAAAUUUUGAUAAUGAUAAUGAUUGCUACACUUCCGAGAAGACUGUAACAUCUGAAAAGGUGGUAUGUUCUAAAGAACGUAAAAGCCACUGUAAUUGUGAGGAGAACUUAACGAAUAGAAAAGAAAUGGAUUUUCAACAGCUUUUACUAUCUGAAGACCAUUUUUCACAGGAGAAGGCAUUAAACAGUCUAACCACACUUCAACAAGAGGAAGUUAUUCAUUUUUCUGAUUCAGAUAGUGCAGUCAUUUUUGAUAAACAUAUUGCAAAUCAUGUACAAUGCAUGUAUGGAGCAUCUUUUGAUCACUCACAUGGCAAUCCUGAGCAAACUUCCAAGGCUUAUACAAGAACACUUUCAAUACAUGAAGUUUCAAAGGUGACUAGUCAUGUGGAGCUAGUAGAAAAGCCUCAGGAUAAUAGCCCCAGAGAACCAACUCCUUUAAUGAAUCAGACAGAAAAACAUAUUGUGGAAAGGGUGUGUAUAGAAAAGAAACAAGACACUAAAGGGAAUGAUACUAAAAAAUGCCAAAUUACAAGUUCUUCAAACAAGCCUUUCCCCACAGUUGACCAUUCUCAAGGAGUACAAAUAACUAAAGUUGAAAAAAAGAGGCAAGACCUUACAGAGAGUGAGCCCAUGCAUAAUAUAGAUUUUCAUUCUACUGACAAUAUGAAUAAAGAAAUGAACAUCAUCUCACAAUCUAUUAAUCAAGUAGAAGAGAAGAAAAAUUCUCACAAAUCAGAUGAAGAAUUAACUAAUGAUAUCAAUGUAGAUGAAAGAGCUAUAAGAAAUUGUGAGGAUGAAAAAGAAAAAAUGAAUACAGAAACUUACAUGUCUCCUAAUAUCCAAGAACAUAAAAAAGAAAUGAAGAAAGCUGGGAUCAAUAAGAGGAAUGUCAGAGGGGAAAGCCGCCUUCAUUUGGCUGCCAGAAGAGGAAAUCUGUCCCUAGUGAAAGUUCUAAUAGAAUCAGGAGCUGAUGUGAAUCUAAAAGAUAAUGCAGGUUCGACACCACUUCAUGAGGCAUCUAAUGAAGGAUUUAAUGAUAUAAUUGUAGAGUUGUUAAAAGCUGGUACUAAUGUUAAUUGUGAGAAUAUAGAUGGAAUUCUGCCCUUACAUGAUGCUGUUGCAAGCAAUCAUUUAAAGGCAGCUGAAAUACUACUACAACAUGGAGCAAACCCUAACCAGAAAGAUCAAAAACAGAAGACUGCUUUGGAUGAAGCAGAUAAUGAUAAAAUGAAAGAGUUGCUAAAAUCUCAUGGUGCUAUUGAAGCCAAUAAUAGAGAUGAAAGUAAUGCUACAGUCACUGCAGAAAUUCCUGCUGUUCGGACAAAAAGACACAAACAGUGUUUUUGUGAUGUUGACAAAAAUGUUGAUCCAUCUUCCCUUUCACGCCAAGAAAAAACAAGAGAAAGUCUUCCUGUGCAUGAGACCAUCAGUGCCAUUCUACAAGAUAUAGAAGAAAAACAGGAAAAUUUAUUGGUGUUUGAAAUAAGAAACCCUGAAGAUGCAGAACAAUACAUUGAAAAGAUGUUAGAGAUAAAAGAGAUUAUGGAUAACGUACUUGCCAAACAGAAAGCAGAAAGGGAUGAUCUGGCUAAAAAAUACAGGGUAUCCAUAGAGUCAUUUAAGCAUGGAGCCCUGAGAGAACAGCUGGCCAACUUGGCCACAAGACAGAAGAGCCUUUUAGUUGUGGCAAAGAAACAGAAAAAAAUAAGUCUGAAAAUUCAAAAUUAUAAAAAUGUCACAUCAUUGUCUGAUCCUAGUUUAAGGAAGUUGCCAUCCAGCUCACAUAUCUUCAGUGAAAAGGACAACAAAGAGCUUACGAGUCUGGAAAAUUCAGUGCAGCCUCAUUCAGGUUCACUUUCUCAUAUCAAUAUUGCUUGUAGAAGCAUUCAAGAAACACCAUUGUCUCUGGAAACAAGCCAUGACAGCCAUAAUACCAAUAUUUGUCUAGAUUCAGAGGCAGUAAGAAGGGAAGAAUUUUCUGGAAUUGAGAUGAAUUCUAAACAAAAUGUUAAUGAUUGUACCUUGGAUGGGUUAUUCCAAUCUCGAUACCCAGAUAGCAGUGAUAAUAAAUUGUCAUCCCAAACUGAUGCUUUCAUUGCUCAUGCAGAAUAUUCACAAAAAGAUAAUGAUCAUACAGAAACUACAGCCAAAGACUGUGAAUUCUAUAGUCCUUUUGCCAUAACUGGCACAUUAAAUGGUUCCAAACAUACAAGUAUACUUUCCCAAAAGGAUGCCCAUCCAUCAGCUAUUAUUUGGGACCAGGACCUUUCCCAGUAUGAUCCAAAAAGAGGAAACAGAAAAACAGCUUCCCAGCAACCACCUGAGGGGACAUCGGAAUCCUGGGCACACCAAGCCAUUGCGGUCUUAGGCACUGAUACUGUGCAUCAGACAAAACAAUAUCUUGAAAAAAAAGCUUCUGCUGUUCCACAUAUAAAUAACAGUCAGGUCUCUUCUUCCUCUGGAUCUGGCCAUCAACAUACUAUUAAAAAGCCUUUAAACUACAGCACAACUCCUAAAAAGAAAUGUAUGCAGAUAAAAGAUUUGAUAUUAUUAGGAAGAAUGAAUCCAGGAAAUAACAUUCUGGAAUUUAAAACACAGGAGACUAUCCACAAAGCCAGUGUUUUAUUAAGUGGCAAAAUUAAGGUAGAAAAUGGUCAGAUUUAUCAAAACCCAGUCACUUGGCUCAAGGAUCUUCUGGGAGGUGACAGUUACGUGACCUGGAAUUACGCCUGGAGUAAGGUAACGUAUCUUGGGAAGGAGCUUUUAAAGUAUGUUUCUGAGGAAGUACCUGUAUCUCCAGAACCAAAUGUAGUACCUCAACAACAUCAGUCUUGUCUUCCAGGCACUUCCAGAGAGUCAGUGCAAAACAUCCCACAUCAUCUACAAAUCAAUGAAAUACUUUUAAUCAACGAUCAAGAAUUUCUCCCACGCCAUAUAAUGGAUCAGCAUUGGAAAUUCUAUGUGGAAUGUGAGGAACUAACAUUCUAAAGCUUUGUUGUUUUCAACAAUUUUUUAGGUAUUUGUUCAUAUUAUCAACAAAGCUUUUUCUUUUAUCUUGUGUGGUAGGCCUACUAGUUGCACUUUACUAGUUGCUACUUAAGAUGUAUAUUUACUGUUAUAAUAAAACUAUAACUUUUCACCUGUAAUGGUAAGUUUAAUACUUUUUUUGCCAUUUUGGCAUUUCUGUAUUGGCUAUCUGGCUUCCCUUUUACUAACAAACUGAAAACUAACCUUUCUAUAGGUACUUCUACCUUUGCAUAAACAACAGAUGGUCUUUAAGGAAAAUGAGAAUGCAUGUAACUGUGAUUCAUAGAUAAUGGCUCCAAAAAGACCCAGGUAAAGUGACUCACUAAAAACAAGAACAUCAAAUUCCAAUAUCUUCCCCAUUUAAAUUGAAUUUAUCUCAAAAUCAAAAUGUAAAAUUGUAAAUGAAGUUUACAUUUCAUAAAAGUGUAGGUCUAGAAUUGUUAACUGUGCUAAGUCUUAGAACAAAGAAUGAGUCAAAAUUUGGGGGCCAGUUAUAUAUAUAGGAUACACUUCACCUUUGUCUUUUGCUACAUUGCCAUGAAGGUUAAAAAGAAAAAAAGAUGUACUCAAGAGCUUUAUCAGUUUUCUCAAAGCUCUUAAUCUUUGAUGACCAAAUCAGUCUUUACUUAUCCUUCAUUAUCCCAAGAUCCCAAAUAAACCUUUUGACUUGGUGGCCUUAUUCUAUCUCUUCUCUGUCACUAGAUCAAGAAGUCAAAAUUGGAAUAAAAAUUUCUAGAUUUCUUUUGGGGGAUAAGAUAGAAUGUUGUAUAGAAUCUUCAGAAAUACUUUUAGAAUUUAUAAGAAACUCAUUAACAGUUCAUUCCAAGGAAAGAAAUUAUAGGGUUGAUGGGGUUGGGGAUAUAGCUCAGUUAGUAGAGUGCUUGCUUUGCAUGCACAAGGCCCUGGGUUCAAUCCCCAGCACCACCAAAAAAAAAAAAGUAAAAAGAAAUUACAGGGUUGGGGAAUUGAGAAGAAAGGAAUACUUCUUUUUAACUACAUGUACCUUUUGACAGCCUUUGAAAUUGGUACCAUGUAUAUAUUCAUUCUAUUCCGAUAAAAAAUUCAAUAUCUGAAAUCAUCUGGAAAGGUUUUUCUGUUAAUAAAAGUACAAAGAGGGGCUGGGGAUGUGGCUCAAGCAGUAGCACCCUCGCCUGGCAUGCAUGCAGCCCGGUUCGAUCCUCAGCACCACAUACAAACAAAGAUGUUGUGUCUGCCGAAAACUAAAAAAUAAAUAUUAAAAAAAAAUUCUCUCUCUCUCUAUCCUCUCUCUUUAAAAAAAAAGUACAAAUAUAUUAAAUUUUUCUUCCUUCAAGAGUCUAAUAAAAAUGUUUGACAUAGAAUAACCCUACAUAUUGUAAUGUUUAAGAACCGACAGAAAUUUAUUGUUUCAUGAUAACUUCUUUAGAAUACCAUAUUUUUUGGAUACUUACAUAAUCCAGAUUAGGUGGUAUAUUUGGCCUUAUUUUUAAGAAAAUAUUUUA